UGAUGUUGACGCAUUUUCAGCAUCAAUGUCAACAUCUGCGGCGACUAAUCGCAGCAUCCUAGGUUGCACAAUUUAGUGAAGUAAGUUCAGACUUUAUGCAGGUGCCAGUCAUUAUGCAAAAUUAGUGUAAUUGGAAUCCCAGAAUGCUUUGUGGUGUGUCAAGACGUGACAAAUCUCAAUACCAAGAAGGCAAAGACCAUAUUUGUGUUCUUGGCAAGACCAGUCUUGCUAACUUGCCAUGCAAGAGCGAACUUGGGGGGCAAUGAAUCAUGAGAUUAGUCUCAUUUGAUGAGGAUGCCACCAAUGUAUUCUUGAUAUUUGGGGUGGAGCAAGACCACAUCUGGAGAAUAUUUAUCGUCCUCUGUACUUAUGUUCUUAAUAUUGGAUCUGGUCUUUGGAAAUGGAAGAUGACUUAAAACAGGAACACAAGUAAGGUAAAGUAAGCAUAUUCAUAUUCACCAGUGGUACGAUCUUAAUGUCACAUACUACCUGGCCAGCAUUUUUCUGUCAAGGGUCAGCUGAUACCUGUUGUUCAUGGUAAAAAUAGAGCUUGAUGCCAGACUGAAAGGUUUUCCCCAGAAGGCUACCAGAAUAAGGCCAGAUCUCACAAGCCUGAGUCGUAUUGUUAUGGAAGGCAGUUUUCAACAGGCCUGUGCUUAAUUCUUCGGUAUCUGUGAAAUAGAUUAGUGGUAUUUUUAAAGCAAGAAAUAAAAACGCAUGUCACAUAGCACUUUUAGUUGUUAACAUUUUGUUUUUCUUUAUGGAGCAACCCUCGUUUUGUCAGUCUGUUUAAUACAUUUCCACCAGUUACUAUGUGUGUGUUAUGUGUUAUUUUUGAGGCUGCCAGCACAUGCUGUAAAAGUGCUAGUAACAUAGUGUGUGUGUCAUACAAGACAUAUUUAAUGUCAAAGGGUGAACUUUGUUUGGUAAUUUCAGUGAAUAUUCACUUGCUGGGCUCAUUAUUUUGAAAUUGUUAAAUGAACAGGGCUUUGUACCAAUCCCAGACUCUCAAGUUUUAUUAUUCAAAUGUGUGGUUCAUUGAUCUGUAUGAAUAUUCGUUAUGUAUGUGUAGAAUCUAUUCAGCCACCCAUGAACACGUCAGUUUGUCCAGUCAGGGUCCUGUUGUUGCAGGCAGUCCCAGGCAGGAUAAAGGCAGGUGUUCUCCCAGACCUGGAUACAGGAGCCACCUCCUCCCCCCACCCUCCACCUCCCCUGUCUGCCACUGGUCAGUCUAAAGUUAACAGUUUAGCUCACAGCCUCUUGUUGAACUGUGGGAGAAACCCUUAACAACACAAGAGCACACUACUUCCUGACAGACACACACUCUGACUGCUGCUGUCACUCUAUUAAAUGAAUGUUUAUUAUUAUGACUGUCUUGGUAGUAACUGUAAUUGAAAGUAAAGCACUCAAGCUAUCAUCUAGAGGACAACUGGCUCAGAUGUGUGUAGUGAGCUAGUUAGCUCUACAUCUGCAGUUCUGUGCUUGCAGAAUUCCUCACAGCCUGAGCUGAGCUGAGCUAUACAAAGAUACCUAUUAUGCCUCAGUUAUAUUCUAUAUAGAUGUCAUGAAGCUAUGUAACCAAUAAUUGCAGUGUAUUGCAGCUAAUCUCCUGAGACAUGUUGGCCUCUUUGUGCAAUGUGAGCCACAUGAUUUGAAUCAGACAUCUUCUCCUCUGUAAAUUAUAACUAGAAGAGUUUCUGUGUCAUGCAUUUCUGUCAAAUUGAUGGCAUGUAGGUACAUGCUCAGGACACUGGGAUCUCACAGACAUUUGAGGUCCUUUUAUCUUUGAACUGCAGCGGUCCAGUUGAUGAUGUGCAGUUCCAGAGUCUGUUGUCUUUAUAGAAAACAAAGUUUCUUGGUUUUCUGCAAUGUGAUAAGCAAUGCCUGCAUUGUAUUCCUGGACGGGAAAUAAAAAUGGUUUUGGGAACGGUCCAUACACAUUUAGUGUGAUAACUCAAAAAUUAUCUGAAGGAUCUUUGCACACAUACUGUAUGAGUGAACUGAAUUGAAGUAAUGCUGCUUACUCGCAGUAAAGGGAAGGGUGACUGCAGAUGGCAUUUGACCUUGUGAAUGUGAUAAGCCAAAAAUAUUCAAUGGAUCUUCUUAUUACUUCACAAAAAUAUUAUAUGGAUGAAGAUUGACACCUGGUUUUAUUUUCAUACAAAUUGCACCAAAGGAAGGAAUUGGCAUAUAUAGGAGAAACUUGGUCUUGUGAACACAGUAACUGUAAACGUAUUUCAUGGAUCUUUUCCAAUCUUUGCAGGUAUAUUGAAAGGGUGAGAAACUGGAAUUUUGAUUACAUUAGUGUUAUAACUGAAAAUUAUUUGACAGAUCUUUUUUAACUUUAACUUUUUUAAAACAUAAAUUGAGAAAUGAGUGCAACAAAAAAAUAUGCUGUGCUCUCUUAAUUUUUUCAAUGGCUGUAUGUUUAAAAAUCAAUUUAAAGUUUACCUCCACUGCUUAUGCAUGAGCACUGCAUGUCAUAAAUGUCACCCUGGCAGUUUAAAUCACUCCUAGAUGGGUUUAAGAGAAAUUUCAGAACUCUAUUUUACUUUAUUAAUACUACAGUAUUUUUUACAACAAAAUCACAUUGCUAUAUUUACAACAAAAUAUGCAUGCUGUCCUAGUCCAUUAAACAAUACGUUAAAGUAUAUUAAUCUUUUCUUGUAUCUGUCUUUCCGACCAGACCGCAUUAUUAUUAUUUUUUACUUUGUUUAUCGUUGUUUUCUGAGUUCCUAACUUUUUUUAAGAUUGCGGUUGUGUUGUGCUUCAGAGGCAGGCUAUAGUUUCCCAUUCCUAGGUUAUUUGCCUAGCCAAUCAACAAAAAAUGUGUUUCAGGUCCUACCCCAAAGUACCAAAGAAGUACCCCAGCAUGGUUCUAUUAUAAAAUAGGCUUUGUAUUAUUGAUUUUGCCCAUCUGUAGGCUUAUGUAGGUGUUAUAAGCAUGUUUAAGGUAGGCUAGGCUAGGGUAUGAUGUUUGUUAGGUUAGGUGUAUUGUGUUAAAAUGCAUUUACGCCUUAAGAUUUUUUCGCCUUGCGAUAGGUUUAUCAGAAUGUAACCUCAUCAUAACCCGGCGAGCAUUUGUAUAUGUUGAGGCUCAUUAACCAAUACUGAUUGACACAAAUAUACUACCAAAGUCCAUUAGCCAACAGACACUGAAUGACACUAAUAUACAUCAAUGGCUCAUUAACCUACAGACAUUGAAUGACACUAGAUAAAUUAUGAAAGACUUGAUGUUUACCGCAUCAAAUUAGAAAUGACUGCAAUUGUAAUCCAGCUCAGAUACUCACUGCAAAAAAAUGAUCAUUACGCCAAAAAUGUUGGCUUUCCACAGAACCUGUCUAAAUGACGUAAAACGGCAGCACAAAAUUGCUGAAACAAACAGAACCUGGGUCUUCCUUAAUUUCGGAUUAAAAAGCUGCCUUCGUUUUGUGCAUUUUCAUUGGCUAAUCUUUGAAUUGCAUUUGUCAUUUUGUUGUUAUUCUGGUUGAAUGCUCUUUUAUGAUGAAGCCUGAAAAAGGGAUGUUAUCACUCCAUUCUGUUGUCUCUGGAUAUCAAUGUAAAGCAAAGACGAAGUUGGGUCUGCGUGCCGAAUUACAUCUGACAGACACGACACAUCCCAAUAGGAGACAUUUCAAAGGACUUCGCGUUGCAUGUGCCCCUCGACUCUUUACCCAUCGGUCAUACAGAGCUCAAACUAAUAACGGCAUGUUGCUGUCUCUCGCUUUCUCUCUGUCUAGCAGUUGAAAAUGGGGGGGAUCUACCUGUUUGGUCGAGCCCCUGGAACGUGACCGCACGGGACAGGGAGGCCACGCUGGCACUUAUAGAGCAUUACGGGUCAGCAGACAUCCAGGGUUUGCUAAGUGAUAGGAGCACCAAAACCAAACAGGUGUUUGAGAUCAUAGCAGGCCGGAUGGCGGUGCAAGGCUUCCUCAUCAGCGGGGAUGCUUGGAAAGCAGGUGAACGCUGCUUCCAGAAGUGGCGCAACAUGGAACGGACAUACAAGGACUAUGUCCUGGCCCGGCGCAAGACUGACGCUGGCCGGCGAAAGCAGCCCGAGUUCUUUGAGCAGUUCCAUGCCCUCAUGGGCCAGCGGCUGAGCUCGAAGCUCGCAACAGUGGCGACCAGCUCACUCCCACUGGGAGACACAUCCGAAUCCAGCAUAACUGAUGGAUCUCCCACCCCCUCCACCCCCCUGUAUACCAUAGUGGUCCCGGCCAGUAGCUCCAUCACAGUCGGCAUCCCUUCCAACACAGGCUCCGAAGCAGAGAACUGUGUGCAGGCAGGUACAACAGAGACUCGUUUGGGUAGGAAAUGGACAAAGGACAGGGUCCCACAGCCCAAACUCCUCCAGUCACAUGGGCAGAAGGACAGUGAGGCAGAACAGCGUGUCCAAAAGGCAAAGAGGAGGUCUUUGCUGGGUGAAAGCAAAGCUGUUGAAAAUGGCAUGGUUCUACCCGUGUGGUCGGACCGUAAGGUCAGCAACCAGGACAUGGAGGCCACUGAAGCUCUGGUGCAGCUUUAUGGGUCUCCGGAGAUCCAGGGUCUGAUUAAGGAGAACAAAACCAGGACCAAGAAGAUUUUUGAGAUCAUCGCCAGUCGCAUGGAGGAGCAGGGCUUUACCAUUGGCGAUGGGCCCAAAAGAGCUGGGGAGAGAUGCUUCCAGAAGUGGAGAAACCUGCUGCGGGCUUACAAAGAAUAUGUUUCUCAUCCCAUGAGGCCUGACACCGCCAAGAGGAGGCCGCCCCCUUGCUUCGAACAGCUCCACAGCCUUGUAGGCCACAGGGUGGGUCUCCAGUUACCGGCUGCCAAUGACUUCCCCACCCCUGACGGGGCAGAUGAUGCAGAGGUGGAAGGUGCCUGCCAGCCCAUGCUCAACAUAGUGGAGGUCCCCGACAGCCCCCUGAACAGGGUUAGUCCCCCGUCUGCCACCUCCUUCCAUACUGGAGAAGGUUUUACCAGAGGCCAAAAGCGGAGGAGGCUCAGUGAUGUAGCCAUGCUGCUUCAGGAGUACAGGGAGGACGCUAGGAGGAGGGAGCGCGAGAGAGACAAGAAGACGGAGGAGAACUUUCAACAGCUGCUCUGCAUCUUGCACCAACAGCAUACUGAGAGGAUGACCAUGAUGAGGGACCUGAUUAAUGCUGUCAAGAAGACAUAAAUCCCUUGUUUACGCUGAAUCUUGCAUUUUAUACACAUUAUUUUAUAUAUUUUUUUAAUUCUUCAUAAAUAAACUACUUGGUUGUGCGUUAUAUAUGUCAGGGCACCUUAAUGAUAGCGAGCUCAGUCUCCUUGGUCACACAGCCCAUCUCACUGUCUGUGAGGCUGUGAGUGACCAGGAACAGCCCAGUGAAAAGCAGCUCACGUUACAGGAUUCCUUCAUGCCAGCGCAGUCAGCUUGCAAAUUUGCACAUUACCCAAAAUUGUUCCUGGGAGAUGUCUGUGCUGAGGACUGAGUCAGAGAGUGGGAUUGGCAUUUCCACAGGCUAAUCCGCCAUGAGCUGGAGUAGAAUGCUGUUUGUUCUUGGAAUCAUUGUCAUGGAGUUUUUAUUGAUGCUGUUCAGGAAGGACUGUCUUACUUGUGCACUUGGAGCCUGUGGUGUCAUGUCCUGGUUGUUUAUUUUGGGACAUUCGUGGAAUGCUUAUGGUUUAGUGUUAUGUGAAGAAGACUCCUUGUAUUUGUUGGAAGGUGCUAGAUUCCGCCAAUUCUGUACGAGUAGUAUAUCUGCAUGAAUAAACCUGUAGAUUGUGUUACAGCCACUAAA